AUGGCUUUUACCGAGCUGUAGGCUGAGGCCGAACUCUUUGGUAAUGCCGAACUCAUACUCCUGCUUUGGUUGAUGGGCCGUCAUUGCUGUUGGGCUUGUUUAGUACGCACCCCAUCAAUCUGCAUAAGGUAAUUGUAGCAAUGGAUCUUCUCAGAGAUAAGACGUUGAAGGUGAAAGAGGAAAGAGGGGUUAAACAUCAUCAGCCAACUCCUAAUUCGUCAAAAUCCCCAAUUUCCGGAGAGACACUUAUGGUUGGAUGUGAUCACAACUUAACACAACUCCUGGAUGUGCUUACCGGAAAUGAGUCCAGCCGCCAAAUCAUCUCAAUAGUCGGCAUGGGCGGCAUUGGGCUUCUUUCUCGUCUAAAGGAACUCACUAGCACUAUUGAAUUGGUUGCCAAUGAAAGAGAUGAUGAGUAUCGAUUAGGAGAGCGAUUAUAUAAAACUUUGGUGGGUAGGAGAUAUUUGGUUGUGUUGGAUGACAUGUGGAGUGUUGAAGUUUGGGACAAGAUAAAGUUCUAUUUCCCUGAUAAUGGCAAUGGGAGUCGCCUCGUUUUCACUACUAGGUUUUCAGAUUUGGCUGUGUAUUGUAGGCCGGUUUGUGUUAGGAUGAAUCUUUUAAAUGAGUAUGAAUGUUGGGAGCUAUUAUGUGUGAGGGUAUUCGGACAUGGAGAUUGCCCCGUUGAACUUGAACUAAUUGGGAGAGAGAUUGCUGCAAUGUGCAAAGGGCUUCCUCUGUCAGUUACUGUGAUUGGAGGGCUUCUUCAAAAGUCAGCUAAGACAGUUGAAUAUUGGCAGGAUGUAUUAGUGAAUAUAAGAUCAGUUUUGAGUUCAGGAGAGGGUGACCAUUGCUUAAAUGUGCUGUAUUCAAGUUAUAGUCAUUUGCCUGCUCAUCUAAAGCCGUGUUUUCUUUACAUGGGGACGUUUAAAGAGGAUUCAGAGAUUCAAGUCUCGCAACUCACCAGACUUUUGGUUGCAGAGGGGUUUCUAAAACCAGAAGGUAACCGAGUCUUGGAAGAGGUUGCGGAGGAUUACUUGAAGAAUCUCAUUGAUAGGAACCUCGUUGAAGUUGGUCAGCUACAUGAGAAUGGAAAAAUUCGAUCUGUUCUGAUUCAUGAUCUUGUAAGAGAUCUAUGCAUAAGUAUAGCACAGAAAGAGAAGUUUUGCCCUGAUGGGAGAGUUUGGUUUACGAGCAAGGAUUCUUGUGUAGAAGAUGUGUUGCAGAAGUGUAAGCUGCGGUUCUUUGCUUACAGCAGUACGUCUUAUAACUCCUUGUUCGUGCUUCCUUCUUCAAUAUCCUUGCUUUGGAAUCUGCAAACAUUGAUUUUUGGAGAAAUAGCCUGUCAUCUAGUUGUUGCACCAGUUGAAAUUUGGAAUAUGCCGCAACUUAUGCACAUUGUGUGCAACAACAUUCAUCUACCCGAUCCUCCACCAAGUGACAGAGGAGAUGGCUUUUGCAUUUUGAGAAACAUGCAAACACUCAUGGCAGUAGUGAAUUUCAGAUGGAGCGAGGAGGCGUGCAAGAGAAUCCCCAACGUCAAGAAAUUGCACGUGAGGUUUGAUGACAGCUUAGCAGGUUAUGAAGAUUGUUUGUGCUUAGUCUAUCUCCAGAAUUUCAGGUGUUUACAUAAGCUUGAAUUGCUGAAGAUACAGUUCCCUUUCUGUAUAUCGCGAUAUCCUAUGGAUCUGCUGAGCAAGAGGCUCGGUUUCCCCACUUGUCUAAACAAGCUGCAUCUGAUAAACUGCAGUCUUACUCGAGUAGACCUGGCAAUGAUUGGUUCGUUGCCCCAUCUGCAAGUUGUUGAGCUAGAACACAUUUCUGUUUUGGGAGGUGAGUGGAGCGCUGUGGCAGGUGAUUUUCCUUGUCUCAAGUAUUUGAGAAUCAACAGCUGUGAUCUCGUGUAUUGGGGUGUAGAGGCCUCUGCUUUUGGAGUUCUUGAGAGGCUCUUUGUGGAGGAUUUGUGGCAGUUGAAAGAGAUCCCUUCAGAGAUGGGAGAAAUAAAUAGACUCGAUCUCAUUUAUGUGCAUCACUGCUCCGAGUCUGCGGCCAUUUCAGCAAUGGAGAUAAAGAGAGAACAAGAGAGCUUUGGGAACGAUGGCCUUCGGAUUCAAGUCAACAUCUCUUUCGUCUCCGGUUAUGGUUUUCUGGAAAGGGCAAAAGAAGAGGGCUUACCCAUCGAUGUUAUUCGACACAGGCCCUUUUGAUUAUGAAUAUAAUAUUAGAAAUAGUCUGUUAUGUCUGCACAAGAGCUACAAAUGGCAAAUUUACUCAAUAAUUUUGAUGUAUGUUUUGUCCCACAUCGAAAGUGGAGAAGAGUGUUGUAUGAGUGAGUGAAGUAUAAAUAAAGAGGGAGGGAGAAGGGAUAAAAUUGCCUUAAACUAAUGAGUAAGGAAAACAAAGCGGAAGGUGAGAACCGGCCGCCGCAUCUCCAUUAAUGGUGCGUGAAUUUAUGGAGGGGUUAUAGGCUGGCCGCGACGUAGACGCUGCCUCUUUUGCAGAACUCGCUCAGGCGGGCCUCCCGCGACCCAUCCCCAAUCGCGGUCAGCCUAUAACCCCUCCAUAAAUUCAUGAGAUGCGGCGGCUGGUUCCCUUACCUUUUGUCUUCCUAUAUUUUAUAGCACCAGAUUCUUGGCCAUGUAGGUAUAAGAGAAGCUGCCGAUGAUUCGGAGAACCACAACUACAGCUUAUGUGGCUGAAGAUGCAUUCAAAAACCACAUUGUUUCUUAAAUUCGUGCUUGUUAUACCCGAGAAAAUUAUGGUUUCUUGCUUGAUCUGCACAAAGUAAUUGUAGAUAUGGAUUUUGUCAAAGCAAAGCUGUUAAAGGUGAAAGAGGAAAGUGGAGUCAAUUGUCAUCAGCCAACAACAUUCAACUAUAUCUGAUGCAUAACUGACAAAUGGAAUAUGCCAUAACUUAGGCAUGUCGUAUGCAACAACAUCCAACUAUCUGAUCAAGUGAUGACUUUUGUGUUUGAGAAACUUGCAAACAGUUACGGAAGUAGUGAAUUUCAUAAGGAGCGAGGAGGUGUGCAAGAAAAUUCCUAACAUCAAGAAAUUGCACGUGACUUCUGAUGAUAGUUUGUGCUUAGUCGACUAUCUAUCUCCACAAUUUCACC